AUGGCUUUUCUACACGCGUGCUCGAGUGAGUGCACGAAAUCCGAAUUGGAUUCAUUCUCUGUACCUCCGACACAAACCUCGAUCGGAAGCGGACAAUGGAUACACUACAAGCCGGUUUUGUCCCUAACCGAUGACUUUUCGAUCGGAUUCGCUGUACCGGGGCACGGUUACGAGUACAUCGACCUUGCCCACACUAUGCUGAGCUUACGCGUACAAUUACGCCGAACAAAAGAGAAAACAACCGCAUCAGCGAGCAAGGACGCUUCUACUACACCAUGGGUGACCUCUAUAAAUAACUUACUUCACUCAAUGUUCAAUCAAGUGGAUAUAUUUUUCAAUCAAAAACCGGUAUCACCAGCCAACAACUCUUACGCCUACCGCGCCUACAUAGAGACGCUGCUGAAUUUCGCACCGAACGCUAAACAAUCGCAUCUUACGGCUGGACUGUGGUACGAUAACAAGAACGGCAAAUCAGAUAUUUGCGAACCACGUGGAAACGACGUACCCUUGAUGAACGGUUUCAUCAAACGCAACGAAAUCAUGCGAAACGGACGCGUCGUAGAUUUGAUCGGACAUCUCCACUGCGACGUCUUGAAUCGGGAAAAGUUUUUACUGAACGGUGUGGAACUACGAGUACGCCUUGUACGCUCGAGAGAUGGCUUCUGCCUUAUGGAAACUAGAGCGCUGCAUACUCUACAUAUUUUAGAAGCAUCUUUACUCGUGCGCCGGGUGAAAAUCAGCCCAGGUAUAUUGCUGGCUCAUGCAAGAACUCUAGCCAAGGGUACGGAAAAAUAUCCGGUUACCCGAGUUGAAGUCAAAGCCUUCAUCAUUCAUGCCGGCGUGCAGGCUGAGACGCUGGACAACGUCAUACUCUGA